CGUCGCGAAGCCGACGCCGCGGUGAGCGCGGGGCGUGUACUCGUGAACGGUGAGCUCGUGCGUCCGUCGCAGCGCGUCAAGGCGGGAGACGUGGUGACUCUGGACGGCAAGGUGAUGCUCUGGGAGGCGUACGCGAGACGCGUCGAAGAGGAAAUCGCGAACGACGCGACGUCGUCGUUCGUGUAUUUGUUGUAUAAUAAACCUCGUGGCGUCGUGUGCACGAUGGAACCGCAUCAACGAACGUCGUUGCAUUUCGCGCUCGAACGCGAGCGCGCUCGCAUGAAAAAGAUACGAAUAUUUCCAGUCGGUAGGCUCGACAAGGAUUCGAGCGGGUUGGUGCUGUUGACGAACGACGGACGCGUGAGCGAUGCUUUGCUCGAUCCGAGCAGGAAGGCGGAGAAAGAGUACGACGUAGAUGUCGAUCGUGACGUGAGCGCGGCCGACGUCGAGCGUCUGGCCGCGGGGGUCGUCAUCACGACGCUUCAACAGCGAACGAUGACGGAGACGACGGCGCCGACGCAGCCGUGCGAGGUGAGAAAGAUCGGACCUAGGACGCUGCGUUUCGUUUUGAAGGAAGGAAGAAAUCGACAGAUUCGAAAGAUGUGCGAAGCUUUGUCGUACGACGUUACGCGAUUGCAUCGAACGCGCAUCGCCGAGCUCGAGCUCGGCGACUUGGAAAUCGGCGGCUUGCGUCCGCUCGACGUCGACGAGCUG